AUGGUAUCCAGUUUUUACCCCCAUUCAUCCGACUGUAAUAAAAAAAUGUAUUAAAAAGUUGCUUAUUAUCCUUCCUGUGUAUUUUCAGCAAAUAACACAGAAAUUCCAUGGAAACAAUCGUCGGCGAAGCAUAGAUCUAAACUGUCAAAACUUGCUGAAAUUUUGAAAACUGAACCGUGGAAAGCAAGGAGUUUUGGAGCAUACCACGUGUGCUUGGAUGAAGAAUUUUGCAUCGGGGAGGGAAGUGACGGAACGUGUGUUUAUGUCGGGUUAUCGGAUGAUGGCUAUGAAGCUGCCGUAAAGCAUUUGAAUCUGAGGAAAGGUCAGGAAAUUGGUGACAAUGAGGAACUAAUCUUGAAUUCUCCAAACGUGCAAAAUGAAAAACACAUUGUCAACUAUCGCUACCACCAUAAAGUCAAUUCUAAAGAACAUUUCAUAAUUUUGGAUUUACAUGAAGAGAGCUUGCGAGAUUAUGUUCUUGAUGACGCACACCCUGUCGAACAGUUAAGAAAGGAAGGUCCAAGAAUAAUACGUCAAAUACUGUAUGGUGUCGAAGCACUUCAUUGCGGCAAGACGGAAAUACUCCAUCGGGAUUUGAAACCGCAGAAUGUACUUGUGAGCCUCGAAGGUGAGAUGUUGCUUUCUGAUUUUGGCAUUAGUCGAACACUACCACCAAACCAAACCACGUACAGGAGCGGCGUAAGCGGAACUGAAGGAUGGAUGGCUGUGGAAUCACUUCCGAAAAAAAAUGAUGACAGCGAUUCCUUAUCUAAUGCCGAUAUCCAAGUUCCUUAUAAGAAACAAUCUGACAUUCAGGUUGUAGGAAUGCUAUGCUACUAUGUCUUAACCAAAGGAAAACAUCCGUACGGUCAACGAAUGCUUCGAAAUUACAAUAUAUCACAAGGAGAAUUCGAUUUGAAGGAUUUAAAUGACCCGUGUGCAAAAGAUCUUAUUUCAUGGAUGCUCCAACAUGAUCCUUCCGAACGACCUAACGUCCACCAAUGCCUGAAACAUCCAUACCUUCGAACGGCAGAAGAAAAUUUUAAUUUAAUUGUAAGUGUUGGUAACGAGAGAGAAAUUAAAACCAGGCUUGCGACAUCAAUUGUUGUUCAAGAACUAAAUAAGUUGCCAGUUCUUACCAACUGGUUAUCAACGAUUGAUGCUUGCUUGAUGAAUUAUAUGACCGCAGGUCGAUCUCGGUAUACAAAGAACGCAGCAGAUCUUUUGAGAUUCAUUCGAAAUACGGCAGUCCAUUGGCACGACAAGACGCCACCUGCGCAUGUCCAGAACACCGUCGUUCAACCACAAGAGUAUUUUGAAAGGAAAUUUCCAACUCUUGCUGUUGAACUACAUCGAAUCAUCAGAGGAAAUUUUGAUUGGGCAACGAAGGAAAAUCUUAUCAAAUAUUUUUAA